AUGGCUACAACAAAACUCGACGACUUGGUGGCGGAGUUUCCUCUCCUUGACCCAACAGUUGUUAUCGCGAUUGCAAGUGAGGUGGAUCUUAACGAUGACAGUCAGCUUAGCGAAGUGCGAGGCAUGCUGCAGAGUCUCGCCCAGAAUGUCUUAGAUGAGGAAGCAAGCGGCUUCAAUGCGAGCGGCGUCCCUGACACCAUCAGCUCCAUGGAUGUAGCAGUCUAUGCUCCGGAUAGCUCUACCAGCACUUCUGAAGGGCCGCAACCUAAGGAUUCAGACUCUUCAGGGACUACUCUGACGAGCCCGCCCCCCUCUGAGCCUGAUUACGAUGUCCCGCGCAUCAAAACGUUUGACGGGGACUCGGACCAGGAGAAGAUUUCGCAGCUUCAAGAGAUGUUUUCGGACCUGAAGCCGCAUGACGUAAACUUUGCCCUCAAAAAAGCCCAGGGUGAUUUCCAGACAGCUCUGGAGACCUUGUUGAACAUACAGUUCCUUGAGUCCAUUGGCGAGAGGCCCAAGGGAAUUGACGGUUUUAUUCAAUCAGAAAACACUCAAAAGGCUUCUGGGAAAAGAAAAGGCAAGGGAAAGAAACGAAAAGACAUGCGUACAGAUCUGUCGUCAAGUUCUAGCAGCAUCAAGGAUACUCCGCCAAUCAACGACGACAAUGAGAGAGUCGAAAAGAUACUGUUCGUUGUGGAAAAGCUCGACUUGCCAUUCGAAGAGGUAUCAGACGUUUUCGAUGCACGUAAAGGUUCCUUAGAACUUACCAUUGUUGAGUUUCUGGAUCAAUAUAUUAAACAAGGUGUUGGCGCAUGGAGCCGCGAAGACAAUCACCAGAAGCAACAUAUCCAGGAGCUAAAGAAGCAAUUUCGACAUGUUCCCGAGCAUUACCUACCCCCCCUUAACGAAGUUACGCAAAGUAAUCACCAAUGGACUGAGGAGGUUGCUGCAUUGUUGAAUCGCUACUUUGGCAAGUUGCCGGCCAAGCGACUAGAUAUUAGCUACAAGCUUGCACCUCUGACCAACGCGGAAUUGGAAGGCUCGUCAGAAGGCUGGCAAAAGACGGCCUCACCCAAGCUAGCAGUCAUGUCACCAACUGGACGUACGCUCAGCACGCCUGCUUUCUCCGCUCCUUCGUCCGCACCCAACUCCUAUCGGCAAGCAAUGGAAACAGCUAGCGUAUAUCGUGAUGCUAGCAACCACUCGUACAGCACCGCUGGGCAAGUGUACAAGAAAGGACAUUUGUACCGACAGGCAGCAGGGUACUAUGCUGAGCGCGGACGCGAGGAAGCCCGCAGUUUUGCCAAGGCCAAGAGUGUUGCCGCCGACAUACAUGUUGCAAGUACCAGUUCGACCAAUGAGAUCGAUCUCCACGGUGUCGAGGUCGCUGACGGUGUGAGAAUCGCGCGGGAACGCGUUUGGGACUGGUGGAACAACCUGGGAGAGUACAGAGCCAGGAAGGCCCAGGAGGGCUUCACAAUUGUUACGGGCCGGGGUCUUCACAGCGCUGGGGGUGUGUCGCGACUGAGACAGGGCGUUAUUGCUGCCCUCGUCAAUGAUGGAUGGAAAGUGUCGAUCGGAACUGGGAGCUAUCGGGUGACGGGCCGCCGGUGA